AUGCGUCUUUCGUGGAGUUCGCGUUUGGCCGUGCUCACCGCGCUUGUCCGCGGUUCGACUGGAGCCCAAGAAGUCAAGAACGUUGCUAUCAUCGGAGCCGGAGCAGCGGGAUCCUCGGCGGCUUACUAUUUACAAAGAUACGCCGAGGAGGAGAACCUCGCCGUCAACAUCACCAUCUUUGAAAAGACGGACCGCAUCGGAGGUCGAUCUCUUACGGUCCCUGCCUAUGGUAAUGAGUCUCUGCCCAUUGAACUCGGGGCGUCAAUCUUCGUCGCCGUCAACGCCAUCCUGUACAACGCGACUGAGCGCUUCCAGCUCCCCGUGAGCGAACCCCAACGACUCGAGAAGGGCGACAUCACGGCCAUCUGGGAUGGCAUCAACUUUGUGUAUCAGACUGAAGAGGGUUCCUCUCAAUGGUGGGACCUUGCCAAGCUGUUCUGGAAGUAUGGCCUCGCGCCCUACAAGGCCAAGAAGAUCGUCGAUAGCAUGCUGGAACAAUUCCUCCAGCUCUAUGAGCCUCCGUACUUUCCUUUCAAGUCUUUGACUCAGAGGGCGCAAGAGAUGGGCAUGACAGAGCUUACGGGCAUCACUGGAGAGCAGGGGCUUGCACAAAGGGAUAUCAAUCCUCGCUUUAGUCGUGAGAUUCUUCAGGCUGCUACGCGAGUCAACUAUGCGUCCAAUUUGGCCUACAUUCAUGGUCUUGAAACUCUGGUUUCUUUUGCAACUGACGGUGCCGUGUCCGUCGAGACCGGAAACUGGCGGAUCUUUGAGGAGCUGGUACGAGCCAGUGGUUCUACCAUCUACCGCAACACUGCCGUGGCUUCUAUUGAAGUGGCUCCAAAAAAGACAGAGACUUCCUCGCCUAAGUAUGUCAUCUCGACUAAGGAUGCAAACUCUCAGGAUGCCACCCCCGAGGAGUAUGGCGUCGCCUUUGACAACAUCAUCCUCGCAAACCCCUGGCAGUUUGGCAACAUCAAGGCCGGCGAGGGUGUCCUUGAUCGCCAGAUCGAUGAGAUUCCUUACACCAAGCUCCAUGUGACGCUUUUCACAUCGCCACUCAAGCUCAGCCCAGAGUUCUUUGGCCUCAAGCCCGGAAGCAAGGCUCCUAGCUCUGUCUACACCACUCUCCGUGAAGACGAGGAGCCGAAGAAGGGUGCUGAGGGCGUUGGCAGCACCGGGUUCUACUCAGUCAGCACCCUGAAGUCUGUCAUCAACCCCAAGACCGAAAAGCUGGAGUAUGCGUACAAGAUCUUCUCCCCCGAGCCAGUGACAGCCGAGUUCCUGUCCUCGCUUCUCGGUACCAAGAUUCCUGACCAGAUUAUCUCCGCCAAGGGCGAGGAUAAGGAUGCGGAUACCUUUGAGCCUAUCUCAUGGUACUACCCUCACGUCUUUUAUUCCUAUCCCCAAGAACUGCCGCGAGUCACGUUCGAAGACCCCAUUGUGGGCGACGGAGUAUACUACACGUCUGGCAUCGAGAGUUUCAUCUCCACCAUGGAGACGAGCGCCUUGAUGGGUAAGAAUGUGGCCCGUCUGGUUGCAGACGACUUUGCUGGCAUUACCCGCCCAGAAAAGGUGGCCCCUGGCUCGGACUCUGGUGAGCCAGUCCCGGUUGCAGAGGAGGCAGAGGGCAUUCAUGCGCAGCCCCAGGAAGAGCUCUGA